AUGGGGAAGGACCAGGAGCUGCUGGAAGCGGCGCGCACGGGCAACGUGGCUCUGGUGGAGAAACUCCUGUCUGGCAGGAAAGGAGGGAUCCUGGGCGGAGGAUCCGGACCCCUGCCCCUGUCUAAUCUGCUCAGCAUCUGGCGAGGCCCCAACGUGAACUGCACAGACAGUUCGGGUUACACUGCUUUACACCAUGCGGCCUUAAAUGGACAUAAGGAAAUAGUUCUCAAACUACUUCAAUAUGAGGCAUCAACAAACGUAGCAGACAACAAGGGUUAUUUUCCUAUUCACCUGGCUGCCUGGAAAGGAGAUGAGGAAAUUGUGAAGAUUCUUAUUCAUCAGGGGCCAUCGCAUUCCCGAGUCAAUGAACAGAACAAUGAGAAUGAAACCGCCCUGCACUGCGCAGCUCAGUACGGACACUCGGAGGUGGUGGCCGUUCUGCUGGACGAGCUCACGGACCCCACCAUCAGGAACAGCAAGCUGGAGACGCCGCUGGACCUGGCGGCGCUGUACGGGCGGCUGCGGGUGGUCAAGAUGAUCAUCAGCGCGCACCCCAACCUCAUGAGCUGCAACACGCGCAAGCACACGCCGUUGCACCUGGCCGCCCGCAACGGCCACAAAGCGGUGGUCCAGGUGCUGCUGGAGGCAGGCAUGGAUGUGAGCUGUCAGACAGAAAAGGGGAGUGCACUUCAUGAAGCAGCUUUGUUUGGAAAGGUGGAUGUUGUGAGAGUUCUGUUAGAAACAGGCAUUGAUGCCAAUAUAAAGGACAGCUUAGGGAGAACUGUCUUAGACAUUCUGAAAGAACAUCCAUCUCAGAAAUCUCUCCAGAUUGCAACCCUCUUACAAGAAUAUUUAGAAGGCACGGGAAGACCAGCAGUCCUGGAAGCACAUGUACAAGAAUGUACGUCACAGGAAACACACCUCUCGUCUCCUCUUGAGUCUCCUUCCCCAAAGUCGAAAAGUGAAACUGUGACUGGAGAAUUAUCAAAACUCCUGGAUGAAAUAAAACUCUGUCAAGAAAAGGAUUAUUCUUUUGAAGACUUGUGCCACACAAUAUCAGACCACUACUUAGAUAAUUUGAGCAAGAUUUCAGAGGAAGAACUUGGGAAAAAUGAAAGCCAGAGUGUAAGAACUUCAUCUACAAUAAAUUUGUCACCAGGAGAAGUGGAAGAAGAAGAUGAUGAUGAAAACACUUGUGGGCCCUCAGGACUCUGGGAAGCAUUGACUCCUUGCAAUGGAUGUAGGAACCUUGGCUUCCCUAUUCUUGCACAGGAAUCCUAUCCAAAGAAGAGGAAUUACACUAUGGAAAUUGUACCAUCUGCUUCUCUGGAUACGUUUCCUUCAGAAAACGAGAACUUUCUCUGUGAUCUUGCAGACACAGCGGUUACAAAGAAACCCUGCUCCUUAGAAAUUGCUAGAGCCCCUUCCCCAAGAACUGAUAAUGCCUCUGAGGUAGCAAUUACUGCUCCAGGAACUAGUAACCAUAGAAACAGCUCUACAGGCCCAACACCUGACUGCUCACCUCCAUCUCCUGACACUGCCCUCAAAAACAUUGUAAAAGUUAUUCGACCCCAGCCCAAACAACGAACCUCUAUUGUGUCUUCUUUGGAUUUCCAUCGGACGAAUCAUAACCAAGAUUAUUUCGAAAUCAACACGUCCACAGGGUGUACAAGCUUUCCUCCCAGCCCUCCUGCUAGUCCACCCACCUCUUCUGUGGAAACCGCAGUUGUCAAGAACAAGGACACUGGCCAUCCAGAUGACCUCUCUCAGCAGGAGGACAGUGAUCCCCCAAAGGAAUAUGAUCCUGGGCAAUUUGCAGGCCUUCUCCAUGGAUCCUCUCCAGCUUGUGAGUCCCCUGAAAACCCAUUUCAUCUCUACAGGAAAAGAGAUGAACAUGAAGAAGGACAAGAUGAAAUCAUUUUGGCCAAAAAUCCUCUGUCUUUCAAGCAGUCUCCAAUAGAAAAUAACUCAGAACCUUUGGUAAAGAAAAUUAAACCCAAGGUGGUCAGUAGAACCAUUUUCCACAAAAAACCCAACCAGAUCGAAAACCAUACCAUUGUUGGUACAAGAACAACUAAGAGUGGAUCCCGGAAUGGGGACCAAUGGAUUGUGAACACGGGGGGAUUUGUGGAGAGAGCCUGCACCCUGGGGAGAAUCAGGUCAUUACCAAAAGCCCUGAUUGACAUGCAUUUAUCCAAAAAUGUGUCUAAGUCAGAUUCUGAUCUCAUUGCCUACCCUUCAACUGAGAAACCAUCGAGAGUUAACUGGAGUGAAUCUUCCACUACUGAACCCAGCUCGAAAGGGAAUUCUGAAAGAACGCCAUCCUUCACCUCAGAAUGGGAAGAAAUUGACAAAAUAAUGAGUUCCCUAGAUGUUGGAAUUAACAGUGAACUUGAAGAAAUGAAUGGUGAGGCCACAAGACCCAGAUGCCCCGUGCAAACGGUGGGACAAUGGUUGGAAAGCAUUGGGCUACCUCAGUACGAGAACCACCUGAUGGCUAACGGAUUUGACAAUGUGCAGUUCAUGGGAAGCAAUGUUAUGGAAGAUCAGGACUUAUUGGAAAUUGGGAUCCUUAAUUCUGGACACAGACAGAGAAUUCUACAGGCAAUCCAGCUCCUCCCAAAGAUGAGACCCAUUGGCCAUGACGGCUAUCAUCCCACCUCUGUCGCCGAGUGGCUGGAUUCCAUCGAGCUAGGUGACUACACCAAAGCCUUUCUAAUCAAUGGCUACACAUCGAUGGACCUGUUGAAAAAAAUCUGGGAUGUUGAGCUUAUUAAUGUUUUAAAAAUCAGUUUGAUCGGCCACAGGAAACGUAUUUUGGCGUCACUGGGAGACAGGCUGCACGAGGACCCGCCCCAGAAGCCCCCUCGCUCCAUCACCCUCAGGGAACCCAGUGGUAAUCACACUCCUCCUCAGUUGUCUCCAUCACUUAGCCAAAGCACUUACACCACUGGUGGCUCCCUAGACGUUCCUCACAUUAUCAUGCAGGGCGAUGCAAGGAGGAGAAGAAAUGAAAACUACUUUGAUGAUAUUCCCCGAUCAAAACUGGAGAGGCAGAUGGCCCAGACAGGAGACUGGGGAGAACCUUCUAUCACCUUGCGCCCUCCAAAUGAAGCUACGGCCUCAACUCCAGUUCAGUAUUGGCAGCACCACCCCGAAAAGCUCAUCUUCCAGUCUUGUGAUUACAAAGCUUUCUAUUUAGGUUCUAUGCUGAUUAAAGAGCUCAGGGGGACAGAAUCAACCCAAGAUGCUUGUGCAAAAAUGCGGGCUAACUGUCAGAAGUCCACCGAGCAAAUGAAGAAGGUCCCUACUAUUAUUCUUUCAGUCUCAUAUAAAGGAGUCAAAUUUAUUGAUGCAACAAAUAAGAACAUAAUUGCCGAGCAUGAAAUCCGUAACAUCUCCUGUGCCGCCCAGGACCCAGAAGACCUCUCCACGUUUGCUUACAUCACGAAAGAUUUGAAGUCCAAUCACCACUACUGUCACGUGUUUACCGCCUUCGAUGUGAAUUUAGCCUACGAGAUCAUCCUGACGCUGGGACAGGCGUUUGAAGUGGCUUACCAGCUCGCACUGCAGGCCAGGAAAGGGGGCCAUUCCUCCACGCUCCCAGAAAGCUUUGAGAACAAGCCCUCCAAGCCCAUUCCCAAGCCCCGCGUCAGCAUCCGCAAGUCCGUGGAUCUUCUGCAGGCCAGCUACUUCAGCGAUCAGACAGACUGA